GCCCAGGUCAGGCCGAGAGAGGAUCCGUGUCCCCGCCCAGGUCAGGCCGAGAGAGGACCCGUGUCCCCGCCCAGGUCAGGCCGAGAGAGGAGCCGUGUCCCCGCCCAGGUCAGGCCGAGAGAGCCCGUGUCCCCGCCCAGGUCAGGCCGAGAGGGCCCGUGUCCCCGCCCAGGUCAGGCCGAGAGGGCCCGUGUCCCCGCCCAGGUCAGGCCGAGAGGGCCCGUGUCCCCGCCCAGGUCAGGCCGAGAGAGCCCGUGUCCCCGCCCAGGUCAGGCCGAGAGAGGACCCGUGUCCCCGCCCAGGUCAGGCCGAGAGAGGACCCGUGUCCCCGCCCAGGUCAGGCCGAGAGAGGACCCGUGUCCCCGCCCAGGUCAGGCCGAGAGAGCCCGUGUCCCCGCCCAGGUCAGGCCGAGAGAGCCCGUGUCCCCGCCUAGGCCUAAAGUCCUUGUCCCUGUCCAGGCUCGGGCCGAGGCGGAAAGGGGGCCCGUGUCCCCGCGGAGGUCAAGGCCGAGAGGCGGCCCCUGUUCCCUCCUAGGCCGAGGCCCAGAGUCCCCGUCCUCGCACAGGCGGUGUCCUGGGGCCCAGUCGCCGCCCCCUCGCUGCAGCCCCUGUGUACUGGGCCUUGCAAAGUCCGUUAGGAGCGCUCCAGGGCUCCAGGGCCCAGCGGUUAACAAGUUUGUAAUUACUUUGGUGGGUUUCUACGUUGCAAACUGAGAAGACGGUUGCUGGGUUGGGCCCCCCUCCUCUGGACACUAACCCCACCCAGGUGGUGAAACAGGAAGCAACACCCCAUCAGGAAGAACCUGAGGGUGCCAUCCAGUAGCUUCGCCUCACGUCACUGACUGCCCUCAGUCAGAAAUCUUGACUCGCAACUUUGGAGGGUGGGUCUCUGAAGGAAUUUCAGGGCUUACGCAGAGAUGAGGUGUGCUGCUCUUUGAGGAGAACGAAGCUGGUUGGAACGUUGGAAGCUGCUCUCUGACUACACUUCACAAGCAAGGGGCACCUUUUGUGGACUGACAUUUCAGAAAGGGAUGUUGUGAAACAAAAGCUGACAUUUAUACAUAUAUACAUAUAUACAGUAUUUGAGUUCCUCAGUAGAAAGCUAUCAUAUAUACUCAGAAUGUUUUGGACGCUUAAAGAAUGGUUCUGGUUGGAAAGAUUCUGGCUUCCUCCAACAAUAAAGUGGUCAGAUCUUGAGGAUCACGAUGGACUCAUCUUUGUAAAACCUUCUCAUUUAUACAUGACAAUUCCAUAUGCUUUUCUCUUGCUGAUUAUCAGACGUGUAUUUGAAAAAUUUGUUGCUUCACCUCUAGCAAAAUCAUUUGGCAUUAAAGAGACAGUUCGAAAGGUUACACCAAAUACUGUCUUAGAGAAUUUUUUCAAACAUUCCACAAGGCAACCAUUGCAAACUGAUAUUUAUGGACUGGCAAAGAAGUGUAACUUGACGGAGCGCCAGGUGGAAAGAUGGUUUAGGAGUCGGCGGAAUCAAGAGAGGCCUUCCAGGCUGAAGAAAUUCCAAGAAGCUUGCUGGAGAUUUGCAUUUUAUUUAAUGAUCACUGUUGCUGGAAUUGCAUUUCUUUAUGAUAAACCUUGGUUAUAUGACCUAUGGGAGGUUUGGAAUGGCUAUCCCAAACAGCCCCUGCUGCCAUCCCAGUACUGGUACUACAUUUUAGAAAUGAGUUUUUAUUGGUCUCUGUUAUUUAGACUUGGCUUUGAUGUCAAGAGAAAGGAUUUUCUAGCUCAUAUCAUCCACCACCUGGCUGCUAUUAGUCUGAUGAGCUUCUCUUGGUGUGCUAAUUAUAUUCGCAGUGGGACCCUCGUGAUGAUUGUACACGAUGUGGCUGACGUUUGGCUGGAGUCUGCUAAGAUGUUUUCUUAUGCUGGAUGGACGCAGACCUGUAACACCCUGUUUUUCAUCUUCUCCACCAUAUUUUUCAUCAGCCGCCUCAUUGUUUUUCCUUUCUGGAUUUUAUAUUGCACACUGAUCUUGCCUAUGUAUUACCUCGAGCCUUUCUUUUCAUACAUCUUCCUCAACCUACAGCUCAUGAUCUUGCAGGUCCUUCACCUUUACUGGGGUUAUUACAUCUUGAAGAUGCUCAACAGAUGUAUAUUCAUGAAGAGCAUCCAGGAUGUGAGGAGCGAUGACGAGGAUUAUGAAGAGGAAGAGGAGGAGGAAGAGGCUACCAAAGGCAAAGAGAUGGAUUGUUUAAAGAACGGCCUCGGGGCUGAGAGGCACCUCAUUCCCAAUGGUCAGCAUGGCUAUUAGCUGGAAGCCCACAGGACUCCCACGGCACAGCAUGCUGCAAGUACUGUUGGCAGCCUGGCUUCCAGGCCCCACACAGACCCCAGAUUCUGCCCUUCCCUCUUUCUUACCACCGUCUUCCCUCCCACCUAAGAUGUGUUUACCAAAAUGUUGUUAACUUGUGUUAAAAUGUUAAGUAUAAGCAUGCCCAUGGAUUUUUACUGCAGUUAGGACUCAGACUGGUCAAAGAUUUCAAAGAUUUCUCCACAGAACCGUCUCAGUUCUAAUUGCACGCCUUCGUGCAUGUCACUUUCUCAGGGGCUCACUUUGUUAUAGGCCCUUUCGCCUUGCCACCUCGCCUGUCCUCAGGACGCUGUCACAGGUGCUGAGUAAUCCCACCUUGCCACCUCGCCUGUCCCCAGGAUGCUGUCACAGGUGCUGAGUAAUCCCACCUUGCCACCUCGCCUGUCCCCAGGAUGCUGUCACAGGUGCUGAGUAAUCCCAUUUUUCCCAGGUGUGUUUGGCCACAAAGAGCAGCUUGUUUCUCAAAAUGAGUUAGAAGUGGCAGUGGGACAGGAGCAGAAGGACCACACCAGCAGACACUUCCAUGCUGAAGCUUAGGUGCCUCAUCUCCACAGGGCGGUGGCAGUCCCUGCCUGCCAACCCACCGGGUUGCAGUAAGGAUUAAGUGAGAUCACAGAAGUUUAAGUACACACUGUCAACCGUGGGGUCAUCGUGAACCAACCCACUUUGCACUGUUUGGGAGACAGAAACCUGGCUAAACUUGGCACUGCGAUGGGCCUGAACAAAAGGCAGAAUCUUUAAAAAUUCCUGUUAAAGGGCUCUGAAGAUACCUGGAAAUGAAAGUGCCAAGAAAGGUGUUCCAUUUUAUUUGCUAACUAUUUAGGCAUUAGCUCCCCAAGGGUCAUUCUCGGAUUCUCCUGGAAUUCUUCUCCUUCAGGACCCAUGGUUCAAGGAAGGAAGUUUAGGCCCUGUUCCUUCCUGUCCUUUGCUGGUCUUUCCCUUGUUUCCUUUCUAGGAGGGAAGCUUCUGUGCUGCUGCCCUGAGCCCUUCCUUCAGGCCAGCACAGUACCUGGGGACCUCCACGGGGGAAUGGGAUCCAGGCCAGGCUGCUUGCUGAGCCGCAUCACCCAGGAGGCCUGAGCCUCUGGGGAGGGCACGCACGUACACUGCCAGCCCCAGGGGAGAUCUUGGGAACAGAGGAUGCUACGUGAUUUCCUCUGGCUUCCAACCCAAUCAGCCUGCAUCACAGUGAAACACAACACAAAAGGCCAUAAAAGGUAUACCCCUGAGAAAUGUUUAAGGGCAGGUGCUAGAGUCAGUGCCAGCUCCCUGGGAGGAGGGAUAGGGACGGGAAGAUCAGUAGCCAGCUUGUCCUCACCCUCAGGAAGGGAGCACCGGAGAAGACUUGCCCAUGUCCCUGCCUCCCGUGUGGCCUUGUCACCAGAGGGACACAUCUCCUGGGCACAAUGUGCAGGGCUGACCUGGGAGACUUCUCCGGUGGCUGCUGACUGAGGAGAGGCCAGGCCUUCCCGAGGAAGACCCUGAGUAAAAUCUGCAUCUGUCCUCACCCCCGCCACAGUCUCUCAUAACGGUCAGAUUUUGUAUGUUCAUCCUAUUUAUUCGGGGGCCCGUAUUAUAAAGCCACAGGAGAGGUCGGCUUGUAGGGACUGGAAAAUCAGCCCCAAGCAGGGCAGCUGCAGGGCUCCUGGAGCCGGAAGGACACUCUGCACAGAACAAACUGCGUUAUUAUUAUUUUUAAAUAAAAAUAUACAUUUGAAACCUUAAGGCUAAACAAAAAUAGACAAAAAAUCCUUUAGAAUUCUUUCUGCAACAAAAUCUCUUUUUGAGAAAUUGUUAAAAAUAAGGUCAGAUUUUCUCUGUAUAACAUUUGCUUUUAUGAGGACAAUAUCAUAUGCAUUAUAUGCAUAAUACGAUAUUAUAAAUCAAAAUGCCUGCACCCACUUUAGGGCAUAGCUAUUGACUUAUUAUUAAUAUUAUAUUAUUAUUAUUUUGGCAGAAGAAGGUCACACUAAGAUAUAAUUUUUUAUGUUUUCAGUUAACGGUAUGUUUCCUUCUUUGCUUAUUUGGUUUUUGUCUCUGUACCAAGUAUCUUCUUGCUUAAGGUAGAAAAGUGUUUGUUUAGCUCUGUCUCCAGUUUUUUUUCUUAUUUGAAUGUUGAAGGUAAAAUUGAUAUACCAAUUUUAACUAUUUCUAAUACAGCUGAAAGCACUAAACCACUUCAUAAGAAGUAGAUACUCAUUUUUGUAACACUAUUUAGGGCUUUUGUGGUUAAUUUUAAAGGAAACCACUCUUUCUACAGGAAACAAGGGCUCAGGAUUCUUCAGAUGACCUUAUAAAAAUGCAGUCCACGGUGCCAUCAAUGUUGUAACAGUAAUGACUUACAAUAAAGCAAAAAGUCCAGUGUACGUGGUGAUUGAGUAGAUUCAGCAUACACAUUGCUUGGCUUCUUAGGGAUAAUAACAGGUCUCCCUGUGUAGUGGAAAUAAAGAUUUGCCAUUCCUCUAGAAGGGCCAUGCCAGGAAUCAGGGAAGCAGUGAGGAGACGGAAGGCAGGUUGGGAUAUUCGGGCUGCUGCGUUUGCAGUGUCAGACACCAGAUAAGAGGAGCCUGGCUGACAGGGGGAGCCCCUUGCCUGAUUGGGGUGAGCCUUUGGGCUAUGCAUGGUGGAACCAGCCAGCCAGCCUGGGGGCUGGAGUCUAACCAGAGCACGGCAUCUGCACCCUGUGCAGGAACCACUGAAGUGCUGAGAAAGGGGACUGAUUCUAAAGGUGUUUUCUCAGCCUCAUUUUCUGUAUUUACCUUUCAAAGGUGUAGGAGGAAACAAAGUCUAGAUUGUCCGUCAGAAUGACCUACGGAGCUUUAAAAACAAAUGCACCUUGCCUGUUUCCUGCUCCAUAUUUUGAUUCAAUACUUCUGGAGUGAGAAGCAAAAAUCUUCAUUUUAACGGAGUGCCAUGUAUUUCUGAAGAGCAGUCAAGAUUCUGUGUGCCCUCCUCUGGUUUUAGUCCUAUCUGCAGUUUCAUAUGCUAAGAGAUGGGAAAAUGCAACGGUACAGAAUAUUUAAUCCAAAAUAAAAGAAGAAAAGGAAACACAGAACAAGCAAGAUGAAUCGCAAACUCAUGUUAAGAUGGUGAGUAGGUAGAUUUCAGUCCCCAUUUACCAGUAAUUACACCAAGUGUAAAAACAAAGAGUGCCAGGCUGGAUUUUUAAAAAUCUCAAUUAUACAGUGCUUACAAGAGAUAUACUAUAAAAAAGUGUUGAAAGUAAAAAAAUGGACAAAUAUAUAUCAUGCAAACUCAACUCCUCCCCAAAAAAAUGCUGGCAUAGUUAUAUCAAUAUCAGACAAAGGAAAGGAGAACUAGUGGACAGUAAGAGGAAUGUUUAAUACUAAUGAAAGGGGCUAGGUGCGGUGGCUCAUGCCUGUAAUCCCAGCACUUUGUGAGGCCGAGGUGGGCGGAUCAUGAGGUCAGGAGAUCGAGACCAUCCUGGCUAACACAGUGAAACCCCGUCUCUACUAAAAAUAUAAAAAAUUAGCCGGGCGUUGUGGUGGGCGCCUGUAGUCCCAGCUACUCGGGAGGCUGAGGCAGGAGAAUGGCAUGAACCCGGGAGGCAGAGCUUGCAGUGAGCCGAGAUUGCGCCACUACACUCCAGCCUGGGCGACAGAGCAAGACUCUGUCUCAAAAAAAAAAAAAAAAAAAAAAAAAAAUUAAUCUGUAUACACCUAAUAAUAUAGCUUCAAAAUAUAUAAAGAAAAAUUUCACAGACUUAAAGGGAGUAACAAAUUCAUAAUCCUGUUUGGGCGGUUUUUAAUAUAUCUCUCAGUAUCUGAUAGAACAAGAAGAAAAAAAAAACCAAUAGGAAUAUAGAAGAUUUGAACAAUGCCGUUAACACAAUCCACCUAGUUGAUAUAUAUAUAGAGCCCUGCCCCCAACAACUGCAGAAUUUACAUUUGUUUCGAGUGCAUAUAGAACAUUUACCCAAAUAGGCCAUAUACUGGCCUUUAAGGCAAUUUCCAAAACAUUUCAAAGGUUUAAAAUCACAUGGAAUAUGAUUACAGAUAACAGUGAAAUUAAACUAGAAAUCUAUAACAAAAAGAUAAAUGGAAAAAUCUCCA